UUCCCGGCGCAACGAGCUUUCCGCAGGUCAUACUCACCGCCGCUUCUUUUAACGUAUCUCUGUUUCAAGCCAUUGGCAAGGUUGUCUCGACCGAGGCGAGGGCAAUGUACAACGUUGGAUUAGCUGGUUUAACUUACUGGUCACCGAAUGUCAACAUAUUCCGAGAUCCGAGAUGGGGAAGAGGACAAGAAACUCCUGGAGAAGAUCCAUUGCUUUCUAGCAAGUAUGCUUCAGGAUACGUUAAGGGUCUCCAAGAAACUGACUGUGGAGAUGCUAACCGCCUCAAAGUUGCUGCAUGCUGCAAACACUACACAGCUUACGACGUUGAUAAUUGGAAAGGCGUAGAACGUUACAAUUUCAACGCCGUGGUGAAUCAACAAGACAUGGACGAUACAUAUCAACCACCGUUCAAGAGUUGUGUGGUUGAUGGGAAUGUGGCUAGUGUUAUGUGUUCUUAUAAUCAAGUUAACGGUAAACCAACAUGCGCUGAUCCGGAUCUACUUGCUGGUGUUAUCCGCGGCGAGUGGAAGUUAUACGGGUACAUUGUUUCAGAUUGUGAUUCAGUAGAUGUGUUGUAUAAGAACCAACACUAUACCAAAACUCCAGAGGAAGCUGCAGCUAUAUCUAUCAAUGCAGGUUUGGACUUGAACUGUGGUUCGUUCUUGGGUCAACACACAGAAGCUGCUGUUAAAGCCGGUUUGGUAAGCGAGGCAGCUAUCAACAAAGCUAUUUCAAACAACUUUUUGACCCUUAUGCGGUUAGGAUUCUUCGACGGAGAUCCAAAGAAACAAAUCUACGGCGGGCUAGGUCCUAAAGACGUUUGCACGCCGGCGAACCAAGAGCUAGCCGCAGAAGCAGCGAGACAAGGCAUUGUCCUGCUGAAAAACACCGGAUGCUUACCUCUCUCUCAUACAACGAUCAAAUCACUAGCCGUGAUUGGACCGAACGCUAAUGUCACCAAAACAAUGAUCGGAAACUACGAAGGCACGCCGUGCAAGUACACAACGCCGCUUCAAGGAUUGGCCGGGACCGUGCCAACAACGUAUCUACAAGGAUGUUCCAAUGUGGCUUGCGCGGUGGCGGAUGUAGAAGGCGCCACGAAGCUAGCCGCAGAUGCGGAUGUGACGAUGUUAGUGAUGGGUGCGGAUCAGUCUAUAGAGGCAGAGAGCCGUGAUAGAGUUGAUUUGAACCUUCCUGGACAACAACAAGAGCUGGUGACACAAGUGGCUAAAGCUGCUAAAGGACCUGUCUUGCUUGUGAUCAUGUCUGGUGGAGGCUUUGAUAUUACUUUCGCUAAGAAUGAUCCGAAAAUCGCCGGAAUCUUGUUUGGUUACCCCGGAGAAGCUGGUGGUAUAGCCAUCGCUGACAUCAUCUUUGGCCGUUAUAAUCCAAGUGGAAGGUUACCAAUGACGUGGUAUCCACAAUCCUACGUGGAGAAAGUUCCGAUGACGAAUAUGAACAUGAGACCCGAUACAUCAAACGGGUAUCCGGGUCGGACUUACCGGUUCUACACCGGAGAAACAGUUUACUCCUUCGGAGAUGGACUCAGCUACACCAAGUUCAGCCACAGCUUAGUCAAAGCUCCACGUGUCGUCUCUCUCCGUCUUGAAGAGAAUCACGUUUGCCGAUCAUCGGAGUGUCAAUCUUUGGAUGCGGUUGGACCACACUGCGAGAACACUGUCUCCGGUUUCGAGGUUCAGGUUAAGGUAAGGAACGGUGGGGAGAGAGAAGGGGUUCACACGGUGUUUUUGUUCACGACGCCGCCGGAGGUUCAUGGAGCGCCGAGGAAGCAUCUUUUGGGGUUUGAGAAAAUUCGUUUGGGGAAGAUGGAAGAAGCGGUGGUUAAGUUUAAGGUUGAUGUCUGUAAAGAUCUAAGCGUUGUUGAUGAGAUCGGUAAGAGGAAGAUUGGUUUGGGUCAGCAUCGUCUUCACGUUGGUGACUUGAAACAUUCUUUGAGUAUUAGAAUCUGA